CCAUCGCCAUUCCCCACGAAGAGUCCCCGAAUAUUCCCUCUUCCGCUUCCCCCUCCCCUUCUUCUUCUCCUCCUCAUCCCGCCGCGAAAUUCUCGAGCGAUUCGAUCCAAUUGUCCUUCCUGAUUAUCCUCACGGGUUCGCGAUGAAGUUCGGCAAGAGCCUGAGCAACCAGAUCGAGGAGACGCUGCCGGAGUGGCGCGACAAGUUCCUGUCCUACAAGGACCUCAAGAAGCGGCUCAAGCUCAUCGCCAACACCGGCGCCGGCGAGCGGCGGAGCAAGCGCCAGCGCGUCGGGACCGGGGGCUCGCCGCCGCCGAUGACGCCGGAGGAGGCCGGGUUCGUCUGCCUCCUCGAGGCCGAGCUCGAGAAGUUCAACGCCUUCUUCAUGGGGAAGGAGGAGGACUACGUCAUCCGGCAGAAGGAGCUUCAGGGACGUGUGUUGAGGGCGGCUGAGACGGGCUCCGCGGAGGAGCUCAUGCGCGUGGGGAAGGAGAUCGUCGAUUUCCACGGCGAGAUGGUGCUGCUCGUGAACUACAGCGCUCUCAACUACACCGGAUUGGUUAAAAUUCUCAAGAAAUAUGACAAGAGGACCGGUGCGCUGAUCCGCCUCCCUUUCAUCCAAAGGGUACUGCAGCAGCCCUUUUUCACCACUGACCUCCUUCACGAGCUUGUAAAGGAAUGCGAGGUGAUGUUGGACCAGCUCAUACCGGCAAACGGACCUUCUGUACCAAGGGAAGACCUUGAAGGAGAGAGUGACAACGACGAGAGGCCUUCAGAGCCCAUCUCUUCUUUGGCCAAUAGCGGUGGAGUCCUGGAGCUGGACGAGAUCGAGGACAUGAGGGGCAUGUACAUGAGGAGCACGGUGGCCGCGCUCCGGGCGCUGAAAGAGAUCCGGAGUGGGAGCUCGACGGUGAGCGUGUUCUCCAUGCCUCCUCUGCACGGCAGCAAUGGGCAGGAGGAGCAGGAGAGGUGAAACGAGAUAUUUGGGAACGAUUCAUCAGGAACAGGAGAUUUGCUCUCUCCUCUGUCUCAUGUAACUCGGUUAUGUUUUAAUCUAUGGUUGGAGGAUGCUGUAAAUGAGGUGGAAAGAGGAUCAGUAUACAUCCAUAAACAGUGCAGUUUACUUUGUUUGUGUUUAUGCGAGUAAUAUGAACAUCGUGUUUUUUUAUUCUUGUGUUUAUUAGCACAUUUUUUGUGUCUGGAGAAAAACUAUUUGUACUCCUACACUCGUCUUAUACUCGUCAUGCUGAUGAUCAUGUUUGUUUAGGGUAAAGCUGGUGCUUUAUUACGAACGGGAUGAUUGGGGCAGAUUGCCCGCUACAACUUCAAGGAUUGUACAUUUCCUCUCCAACUCUGAUUAAAAGUCGUUCGACAUUGUACGAUGGGAGUUCUCCAAGAUAGAUUAUGAAAUUGGCUCUCGACCAUGUCCCGAAGAGGAACGGAGGAACCUACAAUACUGUACAAAAUUACUAUUUUACACAUUAGAGACGCCUGCUGCAAUAUUAGUGGUCUGGAGUUAGCACUACACACCUGCAUGGUUGCAAAUUUGCACAUACCGACC